UAGGGGUAGAACGCGCUCGGCCGACUGUUCGACAACGUGCUCGCCGCAACGCAGGGGAUUCCUCGGUGGAGUGCGAGUGCCUCCCCUCCCCCCUCCCCCCGUCGUCUUUUGUGCCCGCGUCUUGGAACGAUGUUUCACGGAUUCGAGCACCAUGCUUCGCCCCUCUAACACCUUCCAUCCCCGCGGAAUCGCGGUCGAACACGUAUUUCCAAGUUCGGACGAGACGGCGCGCGUAGCAGCGUGAGAGAAACGGGCAAACGUAUUCUCCAAAUAUAGAUACAUUCGCGCCAAAGAGCAAGCUGCACAGUUCGAUCCUCCGAUAAUUGUUGCGGCAUAACGGUGGCAGUGGCGAUACCCGGAUCGGUGAUAGUGAUCAGUGGUGAUAUCAGUGGUGGUUGGUGUUGGUGGUGGUGUGAUAUCAGUGCUAGUGCGAGGAAGGAGGUGGUGGCACGUGAACCUUUGGCGAACGCGUUUAAAACGAUGCGGUAAAUUUUUUUUCACGCUACUCGAACGCACACCGAACAACCCCGUCUCUCUACUCUUCUGUAAACAGAUUAACGUGAAAUAGGACCAAUACUGAAAAGGAAUACAGGUGCGUAUCGACAGUGCUAUACCAGGGGGGAAUGUGCCAUUUAGAUGUUAGUCGCAAAUCAUCAUAUGGUGGAACGCUGCAACGGUGGUAUUAAGUGUGCAGUGAUCACGGGAGACCGAGAGAAGACGGGAAAGAGGGUGGUCAAUAUGACUCCUAUCUUCCUCGUCCUGUUGGUGGCUAUCGACCCGAUUAUCGCGCAGAAUGGUGGAAACAUCAGCGACUCGCAGUACAUCACAUACAUGACAAGUCCACCGACGAUCCUGGUGAGGCCACAAUCGCAGCAGGUGAAGGCAGGCGGGAUAGCGAGCUUCUACUGCACAGCGGAGGGAGCGCCACCGCCCCAGAUUCACUGGCGGAAAAACGGAAAGAGAGUUUCCCAAUCUCAGUCACGGUAUCUGGUGCACAACUACGAGAACGGAGCUUUGCUGCGGAUCGAGCCUGUGAGGCCUGUUCGAGACAACACGAUGUACGAGUGCCUGGCCGAGAAUGGAGUCGGCGACGCCGUGUCGGCGGAGGCGCAGCUUCGAGUCUACGAAGCCGAGAAAUUGCCCAACGGUUUCCCGUUAAUAUCUCAAGCGCCAACGACCAAGGUGGUCGAGAUGGGCCAUAACGCGGUGCUGCUGUGCACGGCCGUCGGUUCGCCGCCUCCGAUCAUAUCUUGGGUGAGAGAUAUGCUGCCCAUCGACACCACCAAUCCACGCUACACCGUUUUGGACACGGGGGCGUUGCAAAUCACCGGAUCCGACGUGAACGAUCAAGGAAAGUACGAGUGCGUGGCGAACAAUUCGGUGGGCACCGAGUAUUCGAAAUCCGCCAUGCUCUACGUGAAAGUUCGACGCGUUGCGCCCAGUUUCUCCAUACCGCCGCCCGCUGUCAGCGAAGUGAUGCUGGGCGCCUCUUUGAACCUGACCUGCGUCGCCGUCGGAUCCCCGAUGCCGUACGUGAAAUGGAAGAAAGGCCCUUCCUUGGAUCUGACUCCGGAGGACAAUCUGCCAGUCGGUAGGAACGUGCUGAUGCUCACGGACAUCAAGGAGACGGCCAACUAUACUUGCACGGCAGCCAGCGAUCUCGGCGUCAUAGAGGUUACGUCGAUGGUGAAAGUUCAAUCUCUGCCCGGGCCUGCGGAGAACGUUCAAGUGUCGGACAUCACGGCGACGUCCGUGAAGCUGACCUGGUCUUACAAAGAUCCGGACGAGGUCCAAUACUACGUGAUACAGCACAAGCCGAAGCACGUGAAUCAGGCGUUCGCCGAGAUAUCGGGAAUCACCACCAUGUACUAUCACGUGCGGAGUCUCAGCCCGUACACCGAGUACGAACUUUACGUGAUAGUCGUGAACGCAAUUGGGCGUGGUCCCCCGAGUGCCCCUGUGACGGUCACCACUGGAGAAACGACGGAAUCGACAAAUGGAGGUGCCAAACCGGGUACCGCACCGCGGAAGGUUCAGGCCCGGCCAUUGAGCUCGAGCACGAUGGUCAUACAAUGGGUCGAGCCAGAGACACCGAACGGGCAAGUGACGGGUUACAAGAUAUAUUACACGACGGAUCCGAAUCAACCGAUGGCCUCCUGGAAGUAUCAGAUGGUGGACAACAAUCAACUGACCACGAUCUCGGAUCUGGACACCCACACGAUAUACACGAUUCGAGUGCAGGCGUUGACAAGCGUCGGUCCCGGUCCAUUGAGCACACCUGUCCAGAUUAAGACGCAACAAGGGGUGCCGAGCCAACCGGAGAUGUUGACCGCGAUAGAUAUCGGGGAGACCACGGUAACCCUCCAGUGGAAUAAACCUAUUCAUAGCGCGGAAAAUAUUCUCAGCUAUGAAUUGUAUUGGAACGAUACGUACGCUCAGGAGAAGCAUCAUCGCAGGAUACCUGUCACCGAGAACUACACGUUGACCGGCCUCUAUCCGAACACCCUGUAUUACGUUUGGCUGGCCGCCCGGAGUCAACGGGGGGAAGGAGCCACCACGAUACCGUAUCCGGUUCGCACGAAGCAGUACGUCCCCGGGGCUCCGCCUCGCAAUGUAAGCGGAGAAGCGGUCAGCCCGACCUCCAUACGGGUAACAUGGGAACCACCGCCUGCCGAUCGAUCGAACGGAAGGAUCGCGUACUACAAGCUGCAAGUGGUCGAGAGCGGACGCUCCGACUCGGAGGCGAAAGUUAUCAAACUGAAUGACACGCAAUUCGUGUUGGACGAACUGAAAAAGUGGACCGAGUAUCGGAUUUGGGUAUUGGCCGGGACCAGCGUAGGUGACGGACCUCCGAGUUAUCCUAUCUCUGUCAGAACUCACGAGGACGCUGUAAAAAUGCCGGGUGAUCCUCAAGACGUGAAAGUGACGCCGAUCAAUUCGACGGCGAUACACGUCGAGUGGAAACCGCCAAAGUCGAAGGAGCAGAACGGCGUGAUCAGAGGUUACCACAUACACGUGCAAGAAGUGAGGGAAGAGAUGUUUUCGUACGUUUUCCAGGGGAAGGAUCUGUUGAACGAGCCGAUACGACGCGACGUGCACGAAGGCGUGCUGGAAGUGAACAUUACGGGGUUGCAACCCGACACCAGAUACUCGGUCCAAGUGGCCGCUCUGACGAGAAAGGGAGACGGCGACCGCUCGCCCCCGGUUCACGUGAGAACUCCCGGAGGUGUGCCCAACAGGCCUCACGUUAACGUAAAAGUUCUGUCCCGAGAUCCCGAGGUGCUGGAGCUCGAGUGGUCGCAACCCACGCAAACGUACGGCGAUCUGUUGGGGUACAGGAUAAGGUACGGGAUUAAGAAUCAGACGUUGAAGGAGGAAUUUAUACAAGACGUUCAUCAACACGCGUAUAAAAUCACCGAUCUCGGGGAGAGGGGCGUGGAUUACGAGUUCAGAGUGGCGGGGCAGAACGCGAUCGGGUUCGGGCAGGAGACGGUGCGAUACUGGUUCAGCCCGGAGGGAUUACCGACCGGCGCCCCGACCAAUCUAUCCUACUUCUUCCAAACGCCGGACACGGUGUGCGUUACGUGGGACAUGCCUCUCCGGGAGCACAGGAACGGUCAGAUAAUCGGUUACGACGUGCAAUUCAACAAGAAGAACGACCACUCGACCACGAUUAACCGGAACACGACGAGGACGAGGGCGGUUUUCACGAAUUUGGAGGAGAACACCGAGUACGUGUUCCACGUGAUCGCGCGGACGUCGAGGGGGAGCGGGCCCAUCUCCGAGAAGAUCACCAUAGUGACGGAGAAGGACAUGGGGCGGGCGCCGAUGUCCGUGAAGGCGGUGGCCACGUCGGACACGAGCGUGGAGGUCUGGUGGGAGCCGGUCCCCAACCGCGGCAAGAUCCUCGGCUACCAGAUAUUCUACACGACGACCGCGGUCGAGGAUCUGGACGAGUGGAAGCAAAAGACGAUCGGGCUCACCGAGUCCGCGGAUCUGGUCAACCUGGAGAAGUUCACCCAGUACGCGAUCACGGUGGCAGCCAGGUACAAGACAGGGCUGGGAAGGCUGAGCGAGAAGGUGACGGUGAAGGUGAAGCCGGAGGACGUCCCCCUGGACCUGAGGGCGCCCGACUCGUCCACCCACUCGAUGACCCUCUCGUGGAAACCGCCUAUAAGGUUGAACCCGAUGAACUACAAAGUGUCGUUCGACGCGGUGAAAGAGUUCGUCGACUCGCAGGGGAUCACGCAAACGCAGAUCGUGCCCCGCAGGCAGAUCCUGCUCGACCCUACGGUGACCACGACCACGAUAAACGAGUUGCAGCCGUUCACCACGUACAACGUGAACGUGAGCGCGGUGCCGCGGGACGGCCAGUACAGGCCGCCCGCCAAAAUUACCAUCACCACGCAAAUGGCCGCCCCUAAGCCGAUGGUCAAGCCCGAUUUCUACGGGGUGGUGAACGGCGAGGAGAUCCAGGUGAUACUGCCCCAGGCGUCCGAGGAGUACGGCCCGAUCUCCCACUAUUACCUGAUCGUAGUGCCCGAGGACAAGUCGACGGCCGACAAGCAGCCCGACGAGCUCACCGAGGACAUGAUCGCUGGCAAGGGGGCCAAGCAGGAGAGGGAGAACGCCCCGUACAUCGCGGCCAAAUUUCCUCACAGGGACAUCCCGUACACGUUCCAUCUAGGCAGCGGGGACAUAUACGACGGUUACGAGAACCGUAGACUCGAGAAGAACAAACGGUACAGGAUCUUCGUUCGUGCCGUGGUCGACACGCCGAGAAAGCACUUGUACACCUCGUCGCCCUUCUCCGAAUACUUGUCCCUCGAUAUGAGGGAAGUGCCGCCCGGCGAGCCACCUCGACGCCCCAAUCCCAACACACCGGUCGACGGGAAUCCGGAAGUGUCGGUGAAGACGAGCGGCCAGGAGCCGGGGAUGGUGUGGGUGGUCGGGCCCAUAAUUGCAGCCUUAAUGGUCAGCGUGUUCCUCGUCCUUCUUUUCGUCAUUAAAAAACGAAGGCAGCCGUGCAAAACGCCGGAUCAGGCGGCCGUCACUCGGCCCCUGAUACCCGCGGACAUCAGCUCGAACCACGCCCCGUCCGAUCCGGUCGAGAUGCGGCGUUUAAAUUUCCAAACGCCGGGCAUGGUGUCCCAUCCGCCGAUCCCGAUCACCGAGCUGGGCAAUCACAUCGAGCGGCUGAAAGCGAACGACAAUCUGAAGUUCAGCCAGGAGUACGAGUCGAUCGAGCCCGGCCAACAAUUCACCUGGGACCACUCGAACAUGGAGGUGAACGCGUCGAAGAAUCGUUACGCGAACGUGAUCGCGUACGACCACUCGAGGGUGAUCCUCCAAACGAUCGACGGGAUGUCGGGCACGGAUUACAUAAACGCCAAUUACUGCGACGGGUAUAGGAAGCAGAACGCGUACGUGGCCACCCAAGGCCCCCUCCAGGAAACGUUCGGCGACUUCUGGAGGAUGUGUUGGGAGUUGAGGUCGAGCACGAUCGUGAUGAUGACGAAACUGGAGGAGAGGACGAGGAUAAAGUGCGACCAGUAUUGGCCGGGCAGGGGAUCCGAAACUUACGGCCUGAUGACGGUCACCAUCACCGACGUUCAAGAGCUCGCCACCUACUGCAUCCGCACGUUCCAAAUAUCCCGGGCGGGCUACUCCGAGAGGCGGGAGAUCAAGCAGUUGCAGUUCACCGCCUGGCCGGACCACGGCGUGCCCGAGCAUCCAGCGCCGUUCUUGCAGUUCUUGCGCAGGGUCAGGUCGUUGAACCCGCCCGACAGCGGCCCCCUGAUCGUGCACUGCAGCGCGGGGGUCGGGCGGACCGGUUGCUUCAUAGUGAUCGACUCGAUGCUCGAGAGGAUCAAACACGAGAAGAUGAUCGACAUUUACGGCCACGUGACUUGUUUGCGCGCCCAGCGGAACUACAUGGUCCAGACCGAGGACCAGUACAUAUUCAUACACGACGCGCUCUACGAGGCCGUGAUCUGCGGCAACACCGAGGUACCUGCCAGAAACUUGCACUCCCACAUUCAGAAGUUGAUGCAGCCCGAGAUCGAGAGCAUCACGGGCAUGGAGUUGGAGUUCAAGAAAUUGUCCAACAUCAAGGUGGACUCGUCCCGCUUCAUCUCGGCCAACCUGCCCUGCAACAAGCACAAAAAUCGCCUGGUCCACAUCCUGCCGUACGAGUGCACCAGAGUUUGCCUGCAACCGCAGCGGAACAUCGAGGGAUCGGAUUACAUAAACGCGAGCCUGAUCGACGGGUAUCGAUACCGAGGCGCCUACAUAGCCACUCAGGGUCCCCUUUGCGACACGACCGACGACUUUUGGCGCAUGCUCUGGGAGCACAACUCCACCAUAGUCGUCAUGUUGACGAAGCUGAAGGAGAUGGGGAGGGAGAAGUGCCAUCAAUACUGGCCGUCCGACAGAUCGAUCCGUUACCAAUGCUUCGUCGUCGACCCGAUCGCCGAGUACAACAUGCCCCAGUACAUCCUGCGAGAGUUCAAAGUGACGGACGCGCGGGACGGGGCAAGCCGCACCGUGAGACAGUUCCAGUUCAUCGACUGGCCCGAGCAGGGCGUUCCAAAGUCCGGGGACGGGUUCAUCGACUUCAUCGGCCAGGUGCACAAGACGAAGGAGCAGUUCGGCCAGGACGGGCCCAUCACCGUGCAUUGCAGCGCUGGCGUCGGCAGAACGGGCGUUUUCAUCACGCUCAGCAUCGUGUUGGAGCGCAUGCAGUACGAGGGGGUGGUCGAUAUUUUCCAAACAGUGAGAAUAUUGCGCACGCAACGACCAGCCAUGGUUCAAACCGAGGACCAAUAUCAAUUCUGUUAUCGCGCCAGUUUGGAAUACUUGGGUUCUUUCGAUCAUUACGCCAACUGACAACCCGAUACUCGCGAGGAAAGGGAAUCGACGAGGGACAGAAGAGAUCGGCGGGAAAGGAGCGAGAGAGACGGCGAACGGGCAAAAGUGCGCCGCGUUUAAUUGACGAUCGAUUACACUUGAGAGAGAAAAAAAAAAAAGUAAAUGUAAGUUUGUAAGUAUGUAAAAGCCUGUACCCAUGUUCCCACGGGCAAAAAACGUACUAUAAAAACGUAGUACCUUCCAAUGACAAAUACAGUAGAAAGGCGAUAAAUUAUUAAUCUGUCGAGCAACUAACAACGUAGUAACCAAAUAUCUUAUAGUCAAUGGUGUCGCAACAAUCUCGAGAUACGCGGAAACGUUUCGCUUUUUAUCGUGGCGCGAUAUCGUGCUACACCGAUUUCCAUUUCCAAAAUUCCCAAAUAAGAAAAAAAAAAAAGAAAAAAAAAAAGAAAAAAAAGAGAAAGCCGUUUAUGGAUUACGAAUCAAACAUUUGUACGAGAACAAUCAUAUAUUUGUAGAGAUAAUCCUCGCAAACGAAUUAUUUUAACACCGAUUUUAUUAUGGUUCGAAAAAAUGGAAAUAACACGCACUCGCAAAUUUAACUUACAUACGUAAGUACUUAUCCGUAUACACCGUGGUUACGCAUAAGUUAAAUAUUCUCGAAUCGAUGAAGAAAUCGAAGAAAAAUCGGACGAAGAAUUUGAUUGAAAAAGAAAAAGAAAAAGAAAAAGAAAAAUUCAAAUGGAAAACAUGAUCGUGAUUGAAAGUUCGAUCGAUUAAAACAUAUCCAAACUCGAGGAGAUUUCGAAAGAUAAUUUGCGACUUUAUUCGCAUCUCGCGCGAGAUCCCUCGAAAACGACUUUUUUGCUUUUAAACGAAGACUAACGACUAAGAAUAAUAAGCGAGAAACAAACUGACGAGCAUUAUUAUUAUUUUACGAUCGCGUGUUUUACUCCCGAUCACCGUAUUUCGUUCUACGUGGAAAAACAGUUGAAAACAGUUUCUUUCGGAGAAGAGAACAGUGCUUCCAUAUUACUUGGGAAUGAAAUUUUUAAAAAGGGAUUAAACUCCGUUAAGCAACCGCGAAGGCGUAUUAACGCGUUCGAUCGAGAAAGAAAAAAAAAAAGAAAAAAGAAAAAGCUGAGAGGAAAGCAUGCGUGGCACGUUCCAAAAGUACUUAUGGAUGCGACACAUCGAGACAUAUCGAGAAAUCUCGGCGAAGGGAAUGGCGAAAAUAUCGGGUAUAUAAACGGGGGAAAGAUAAAUUUCUCACAGAGACGUAAAUUUCCGCUGAGCUACGAGAAAAUUACCAUACUGCCAAAUCGACAAUUAUUCAUGCUGAAUCCAUUACGCACGAUAGGGAUCUUCUCAUUACCUAUUAUAAUUUUUAAGUAAUAAUUGUAAGGCGAUUGUUCUAAGGUUAGUUCGUAAGCGAUGCCAUUAGAAGAAAAAAAAAAAAGGGGG